GAUUUCUUAGGGUUAGUAAAGAGUUUGAUUGUGAUUAAACAUGAAAUCGAUUUUCGUUAUUGUUGCUGCACUUUGUGCCUCUUGUUAUGCUCAGCAAGCUGCAACCAAAGAGCCUAUCCCAAUCGUCAGAUACGAUAAUGAAGGUGUUGGUCCAGAUGGAUCCUACCAAUGGAGCUUCGAAACCGGAAACGGAAUAGUGGCCGAAGAGCAAGGACAACUGAAAAACGCUGGUUCCGAAAACGAGGCCAUCCAGGUCCAAGGUUCCGCAAAAUGGACCUCAGAUGAUGGAACUCCAAUCCAACUGACCUAUAUUGCUGACGAAAAUGGAUUCCAACCUCAAGGUGACCAUCUCCCAACUCCCCCACCAAUCCCACCAGCGAUCCAGAAGGCUUUGGAAUGGAUUGCAGCCAACCCUGAGCCUGAAGAGAAACAGAGAGGUGCUGCCAGUAAUCAAGAGCCUGUCUUCAAACAGAGCCCUCUUGGUAAUUUCAGGCCUCUUCAGAGGAAAUACUAAAGAUAAUCAUGUCCUCUAGUGUUCUGAUACUAUUUCUUGUAUAUAAUGUUAUUUUGUAUUUUAAUAAUAAAUGUUUCCGCUGAAACUUUCA